UACACGAAGUCUCUUUGGAAAACCUGUCGAUCGCCUCUAACGUUAAAAGGACAGAGUACCUGAGUUGGGAUGAAUAUUUCAUGUCGCUAGCCUUCCUUUCAGCUAUGAGGAGUAAGGAUCCAAUUACACAGGUCGGAGUGUGUAUAAUAAAUUCCGAGAAAAAAAUAGUUGCAGUCGGUUAUAACGGCAUGCCCGUAGGCUUGUCCGACGAUGAAAUGCCCUGGACUAAGGGUUUUGACGAUCCCCUUCAAAACAAGAAUCUGUACGAAUCUGGUGUUGCGAAAGUUAUUAAAAUGAUUGUAAUUCUUUGA